CUUGUGCAAUUGACGCUUUUUAUUACACAUGUUUGCCGCGUCUGUGCUCUCAUGCAUGUCUCAUGCAGUCUAGCAGUCCCUGCUCCACUGUUGACAUUCAAAUGAGGCCAAAAAGAGUCUUCCCUUUUUCGCAACCAAAGUUCAACGGAUGAUUUAGUUACAUUGUUUGCAGGUUAAACACAGAUGGUGAAAAAAUAUUUUGCUCGUUCGGGUGCUUUUAACAUGGCCACUUCCGGAAAGCCUGGUGGAAAACGCAGCAUGUGAAGGCAGCAUUUGUGGAGAACCUGUUUCAUUCUGGUCCCAUCCACAAUGCCACGCGUCUUGAGCAGCAAAUCGACCUUACUGGGUGUCUUGACUGGAGUGACGUUGCUGGUGUCUUUCAAACUUGCGGAUGCUAGUACAUUCGCACUGAUUGCAGACCUAGAAAAUGGCACCAUUUACAGGGGUUACCUAAGCCAGAAUCUUGCCGACCUGACGCCCCUUCCUCUCAAUGGUGUCAUGCGCCCCGUGGCAGUGGACUAUGACCCGGUCGAGGGCAUGGUAUACUGGACCGAUCAGCGGAGCGAAUCUGCCCCCAAGAUCUGCCGCGCGCACCUGGACGGCAGCAACCAGACGACUGUCGUGGGAGACCUGACGGAUCCGGGCGGGAUGGCGCUGGACGUCGCGUCUAGGAUGCUGUACUGGACGGAUGGUGCCCUGGCUCACAUAGGGCGGGCCCGUAUGGAUGGCACGGGGAGCAAAGAGAUCCUUCUCUCGGAGAAUCAUUACAAUCCAAAGGGUAUUGUGGUCGACUCAGUCCACGGGCACAUUUUUUGGUCGGACUGGGGAGAAAAUCCUCGGAUUGAAAGAGCAGACCUGGACGGGAAUAACAGGAGAAUCGUGGUUCAAGGAGGUCUAAGUUAUCCAUCAAGCGUCACCAUAGACUUUAACGGAAACUCUUUGUAUUGGAUCGACGCUAUUCACGACACAAUUGAGACCAGUGAUCUUUCGGGGAGCAAUCGUAGACUGGUAGCCAAUCUCACCGUCUACUCCUUGAGCUUUCCCUUCGAUUUAGCCGUGUACGGUGACUAUGUGUACUGGACGGAAUGGGGCAUGUACCCGACCAUCCUCCGAGUCCAUCUUGACGGGAGAGGUGCUGAGACAAUCGGCCCAUCAAUCUUUCAGAUGCCUGGUGGAAUUCACAUCCAAGAAGAGGAGGAAGUUGACAGCACGCCUCCGGUCGUCACCGGCUGUCCGAAUGAAGGCGUAUUCAAGGCGGUCCCUUUGGGUUACACCUCAGCCAAUGUAACUUGGACACCUCCGACAGCCAGUGACGACUCUGGAAUGGCGUCUGUCACAAUGUCGUCCAACCGCGUACCGGGACAGAGUUUCAACCUUGGUAGGACUCACGUGCAGUACAAUUUCACUGAUGCGGCCGGCAACCAAGCGUUCUGUGACUUUGUUGUCACAGUCUCGGCCGUGGAUUCUACAAAUCCGACUAUCAGCUGCCCGCCGACCAUCGUCCGCUAUGUCCGUUCUGCAACCCAGCAACUUCCCGUGUCUUGGCAGUUUCCGACCGCAUCUGAUGACAGUGGCAACCAGCCGACUAUUACGUCAACUCCAAACUAUCCAACCUCGUCUGGGACAUUCGGUGCAGGCAUGCAUUCUGUGACAUACUUAGCCCGAGACGGAGCAGGGAACCAGGCAUCUUGCAUCCUGACGAUUAAUAUCAUUCUGGAUUCCCGAAUUCCUACAAUCACCGGCUGCCCAGGCCGUACAAUUGCUGUCCUUCCACCGGGCAGUAGCAGCGUGGCUGUCUCGUGGACCGAGCCAGUCGGUGCGGAUGACAACGGAGUGGUCAACAUGACUCGGAGCCAUCGGCCAGGAAAUACGUUCACUCUUGGAAACGCAACCGUCACAUACACUUUCACCGAUCAGGCUGGUAACCAAGCCACCUGCAGGUUCACCGUCAGUGUUUCUAGAGGGGAUGUUACUAGCCCUGUAAUCAGCUGCCCGCCGACCAUCGUCCGCUAUGUCCGUACUGCAACCCAGCAACUAUCCGUCUCUUGGCCAUCUCCGACCGCGUCUGAUGACAGUGGCAUCCAACCGACCAUUACAUCAACUCCGAACUAUCCAACCCCGUCUGGGACAUUCGGUGCAGGCAUGCAUAGUGUCGUGUACUCAGCAAGAGACGAAGCAGGGAACCAGGCAUCUUGCACGCUCUGGAUUAAUAUCAUUCUGGAUUCCCGAAUUCCUACAAUCACCGGCUGCCCAGGCCGUACAAUUGCUGUCCUUCCACCGGGCAGUAGCAGCGUGGCUGUCUCGUGGACCGAGCCAGUCGGUGCGGAUGACAACGGAGUGGUCAACAUGACUCGGAGCCAUCGGCCAGGAAUUACGUUCACUCUUGGAAACGCAACCGUCACAUACACUUUCACCGAUCAGGCUGGUAACCAAGCCACGUGCACGUUCACCGUCAGUGUUUCUAGAGGGGAUGUUACUAACCCUGUGAUAAGCUGCCCGCCGACCAUCGUCCGCUAUGUCCGUACUGCAACCCAGCAACUAUCCGUCUCUUGGCCAUCUCCGACUGCGUCUGACGACAGUGGCAUCCAACCGACCAUUACAUCAACUCCGAACUAUCCAACCCCCUCUGGGACAUUCGGUGCAGGCAUGCAUAGUGUCGUGUACUCAGCAAGAGACGAAGCAGGGAACCAGGCAUCUUGCACGCUCUGGAUUAACAUCAUUCUGGACUCCCAAGCUCCAACAAUGGCCGGUUGCCCAGGGACCACGGUCGUAUCGACGGGUAACAGAAGCGUGGAUGUUUCGUGGACCGAGCCAGUCAGUAUUGAUGCCAACGGAGUGGUCAACAUGACUCGGAGCCAUCGGCCAGGAGAUAGGUUCGCUGUUGGAGACACCUUCGUCAGAUAUACUUUCACCGAUAGGGCUGGAAAUCAAGCCACGUGCACUUUUACCGUCAGAGUUGUUGCUGGUUGUUUGCUAACCCCUGACCAAUUCGAUCACCUAGAGGUGGUAUCUGGUCAGCAGUCCGUGUACCUUCCUGGAGAGUCAGUACAGCUUACCUGUCAAGACGGGUACCAGCUUAGCGGAUCAGCCAGUAGGUUUUGCCGGUCGGACCUCACGUGGUCGGGAGAGCCUGCAGUUUGCGUCCAACAAGGGGAGCCCAUGGGAGGAACUGUGGUAGGGUUUGGAGCUGGGGCCUCUGGAGUUUUGCUUCUAAUUCUACUGCUGCUGGUGGUUAUCUUCUUAAUUAGGAGGCGGAAGAAAACUAGAGUGAGGGCCCCGGAUUUAGCAAUCACAGCCCAAAUCACUACCCAGGGGGACCUGGGGAUUUACGAUAACCCACAACCGGUGUACGAGACUGUAGUUAGGGGAGCGGCGGCACCACCUCCCAAGGAGGAAGAGACUGCCCUGAGCGAGGUGAAGCCCCCUCUUCCGUCGACUCCAACGCCGGGGUACCCGCCGCCGAGUUACGAGUACGCCCAUGCGGAUCGGCACAAUUACAAUCUACCGCCUACCUAUAUCCCAAUGGAAUGACUUCUUUUGACACGCUGUACAUGUAUGACCAGGAUCAGUGCUGCACAGUCGCAGUCGUUUUUUUUUAUCCGUCACGCCCCUCACUUUUGAAUAACAUAUACCACUUGUCAAAGAAAUUAACUGUGAAGAAAGAUAGUCGUGUCAAUGAAUUGGUUGUUUAGGAUUUAGUUUCUGAUAUUUAGGUUUCUCGAAAUCGAAAGGACUACUCAUGAACAGUUUUCGGUUUAAAGUAAUCAGUAGAUUUCUCACAACAUUUUUUGCUGUGCCACAAUUGUGCCUAAUUAAAUUGACUGUUUACUUGGGCAGAAACGCAAUAAUUUUCUUUAAUACUUUUUUAGUAUACAGCACGCGAGGAUUUCUUUAUUUCAGAUCAUCACUUUCAAAACACUUUGUAAUGAUUGUAUCCAUGAGUGUUGUUAUAUUCAGAUAUUACUCAGUACAGUCGACUCUCAUUUUAAAGAACACUGUUAUAACAAAAUACUAUUAUAAAGAACACAUUUCGAGAAUCUAAAUUUCUUAAAUUCUUAUCCUUUUCUUUAUUUUUCUGUUUCGCUUAUGACAAAGUCCUGUUCAUAAUAAAGUAAUUUGCAUGAUCCAUGUAACUUUUUUAUAACAAGAGUCGACUGUGUAAUGAUUAUACCCAGCAAUACCUAUAUGUACAUGCUAAAGGUGUUAGCACAUGAAACGAAAACUUAAUUGGACGAAGCUAUCUGUCAUUUUGCACAAACACAUGUGCCAUCAAUUCCAAUAAGCAUAUGCAAAGAGGAAAUGUAAUGACAGGUUAAAUGUUUUGAAAUUUCAGUUUUUGUCAGUAGCGUAACAACGGGUCGGGGGGGGACACGUACCCUCCAGCGGAGGUCCAUUCCUCUAAGGAGCCCCUCAUUAGAAAUGCAGAUAGUUUAGGUACAAAACCGCAGUAUAUUCGCUGUCAGUGUUCCUUGAGAGAAUGGGUGCACCCUAGGUGUCCUCUUUGUUCGCUCAUCAGUUCACUCCCGAUUGAAACUAAACAAACUAAACGAAACUAGACGAAUUUGAGGGAACUUUCUUCACUCCAGUAAAUCAAGAUAUUAACUCGUAUUUCACCUGAAAGGGGUUUCUUUUUUCAAGCUGUUUCGAUUCGACUUCAGAGUGUGUUUCACUCUAAAAACUUCCCAGCCUCUAUUUUCAUUUCUCCCGGUUCUUCUGAUUUAAAGAGUAUGUCACUGUUUUUUUCUGUUGAAGAAAACAGGCCAUUGUCAUUAAGAGAUUAUAGCCUUCAACAUUUUUAUUUUAAUAAAUCAAUUUUAGCUUCAA